UCCUCCAGCUGACUCGAGAACGCGACGGAAAAUAGAAAUAAACCGAUUCAGAACGCGUUAAGUUCGUGCGCCGCACGGAAAAUCAAAACAAAUACUCAACUCAACUCAACUCAAGGCGAGGCGAGGCGUAAACAGCGCUGCCAACUGAAACUUGCACAAUGCAAUAAGAACGGCGAUUAGUUCCAAUGGACCAAAAUUAAUUAGGCGCUAAGCCAAAGCAAAUAAAUUGAAACCGCGUGUCUUUCGUUCGCUUCCCCCGCUCUUUUCGCUGCACUCCUCCCACCAUUCGCCCAAUGCAGUUGUGAGUGCGUGUGUUCUCCUCAAUUCAAUGAAUUCGGCAAGCAGUGCAAUUAAAACGCAAAUAAAACAAAAGUGAAUUUACCACGUGCGCCGCUUUCUUGCGUCUUUAAGUUCAGUUGUAGCUGCCUUUCGUUUUGUUUUGCUGCCGUCUCCCUCUAACGGUUAUCUCUGCUGAAAUUACCGGCGCUCGAAAAACCGCUGGAUUAGGACUUAUUAACGGAACACCCACACAAAUACAACACAAUGGUGCAGGCUCUUGACCACGAUUGCGAAGUGCAGGGCCAGGACAUCCCGCAGGCUAUUCAGCUGCUUGGGGAGAUGAACAGCAACGUGAAGCAGGUGACAGAUUUGGUGGAGGGCAUGCUGCAGCGGGUCAAGCGCGGCGAGCUGACCACGGAAUACGGUCUGAGCUUCCUGGAGGUGAAGUACCACAUGCUGCUCGACUACUUGAUCAACUUGACCUACGUGGUUCUACGCAAAUGCUCCGGCGAAACCAUCGAGGGUGAUCCCUCUAUCGAACGCCUGAUCGAGAUUCGCACUGUGCUGGAGAAGAUUCGGCCCAUAGACCACAAGCUACGCUACCAGAUCGACAAGCUGGUCAAGACAGCCACCACCGGCGUGUCGAGUAGUACAGAUCCCAUUCUCUAUAAGCCCAAUCCAGAUGACAUGAUGAGCAGUGCAGGACCCAACGGAGAGGAUGCGCAGGAUGACAGCGACGCGGAGGAGGAGGAUGACGAUGACGAUGAGGAUGAGGAGGAUGAGACCGGAGCAGCGAAAAUGCCGCGCAAGGCGGCCACAGCCGGAAAGUCCGGAGUGUAUGUGCCGCCACGCAUCAAGCCGGUUUACUACGAUGGCGACGAACGCGAUGCUGACAAGGAGAAAAAGGCCAUGGACCGGGCCAAGAAGCGGGCGAUUACGUCUUCCAUGCUGCAGGACCUCAAAGAGGAGUACUUGGACGCUCCUACCGAGAUAUCGUCUGGUUCGCGGGCCCAGCAGCUGCUGUCCCAUGCGCAGAAGGAGAAACAGGAGUACGAGGAGACCUACUUAAUGCGUCUGCCUGUGACUAAGGCCGAAAAGCAUCGUCAGCGCAAACUGACCACGUUGGGCACACUUGGCGAUGAAAUCCUUGGGGAGAUUAGUCGAGAAUCGGCGCUGCGUGGCGAUGGAAGCAAAAAGCGCAAGUUGGCCAAAAAGGGAAAGGGAAAGAAACGAGGCGGUAAAAAGCGAAAGUUCCAUUAACUGGAAGAACAACAAUAAUUUUAGUUUAUUAACAACUGUAAAAGAAUCAAGAUGUUUUAAAUUUCCUAUUUUUUAUCGAUUUAAUGAGUUGAGUUUUGCAUUAUUUUUGUAUCUUAGUAGACUAAAGGUUUUUCAUAAAAUUUUGAUUUUAAAACGCCUAAAUUUCUUUGUAUAAUGUUAAGUUUUUGCGAUCAUUAUUAAAAUGAAUUUUCAUUAAACAUUUUUAUGUUUUUAAAUAUAAAAAUACCAAUGUGUUUUUAAUUAUUUAAAGAUUUUUUAUUUCAGCUAUUAAAUUUAAAAUGCUUAUCCAGCAAGGCGCUUAUAUGCCCUCAAAUACUUAAGAUUUAAUAUAAAACAUAUAAAAAUUCAAAAUGCGCAUUGUAACCUGCAUGCUGAAUUAUAUUUGAGUUUUUCAGAGACCUACAAAAAUUCAAAACUGUCAAAAAAAAAACUUCAAAUACAACAAAUUUAAAAACCUAUUCUCAAUAGGAAACUUUGGCUAUUGCUGUAUUACAAAGUAAUCGUACAAUUUCAAUUUAAAAUGGAUACUUAAGGUAUUGCUAAAUUAAUCAUAAAGAAUACAACCAUAUUUUGUUGUUUUUAGGAGUCACAGCAAAACUUGUAAAUCUUUGGGCAAAUGUAAACUAUUGGAGACAUACUAAUUUGGAAAUCAUUUAAAAAAAAAAUGAAUUAAAAUUCCAAUGCAGCUUAAAACAUACUGUAAAACGCAAAACCAAAACUAGAAACAAAAAAUCCACAACUUCAGUGACAAAAAGCAGAUGCCUUAACAAGAGACCGGUUUAUACAGUAAGAAACGAGUGAAACACGAAAAAUAUGUUGACGAAAACUUUUGAGUUGACGUAUAUAAAAGGAAAGAUCGAAAGAAAGACUACAUACAACUACGAUAACGUAAGCCCCACCCAAAAAGCAAAAAAAAAUAAAAUUUAACAGAGGAUAUUUGAUAAACUUUUAAACCAUUACGCAAAAGAAUAGUUAAUUUAGUUUCAACAUAAAAAACUCCUAAAAACAACUGAAUUUAGACACCAAAUUUUAUAUAUUUCUUAUAUAUUGAUUAAUUAAAAUUAAGCAACACAUUUUGAAUAAUCCAAAACGAAAAGAUGCUACGUCCACUUGAAAUGAUUUUAAACGUAUGGGGAAAAAACUAAACCAGUCACGAGUAAAACCUAUUUUAAAGCGCUCUAAAAAAAUGAAAGGAUUGGUGGGUAAACUAUAUAACAAAUAUUAAAUCUAAUACAAAUAAUUGUAAAUGAUUAACACAAAAAAGAAAAAUUAGAAUUAAGUAAAAUAAGGCAACAAGUAAACAAGCAACAUUUUGGCUUCUACACCAACUUUUUCUAAGGAUGAAAAAAUUUCUUCAAAAUUUUCUUGAAACAACUUUUUGGCUAUAAAUUUAAACAACAAGCAACGAUAGGCAGACAACCGAAAAAUUACCACAUAAAUGCAAUAGAACUCAAAAUUAUUUACAGGCAGCAAGCAACAAGAUGUUUUUAAGUGUAAUUAAAUAAAUUAAUUUAAUUAAUUUAUUUAUGUUAGAAGCUGAAAGACUGAAUAUGUUUAAAUGAAAACCAAAAUGUAACAAAAACACUGAAAUGAAAAUAUGUGUACUUUUCUCGAGUGUGGAUAUGAACUUAAAUAUUUUAAUAGCCGAAUUUCUAGCACAAAUUUUAAAAAGACUAAAGAAGUAAUUUUUUAAUUUUUUGUAUUUGUUUUUCUUUAGCGUCUAAAUAUGUUUUUUUAUUUUUUCAUUCAGAGCAAGUUGUUUAUUUUUGUGUAUGUAAAAGUGGAAAGCAUGAGAACGGAUACAAAAGUUGAAUAUAUUGCAAAAUGUAAAGACAACCAAAACAAAGUGAAAACAACCAAACGAAAGUCGCCUUAGCCCAGCACCACAAAGCAAAAAGAUAUGAUAUGAAUCGAAAAAUUUGUAAAACCAAAUACAAUACUAAACUAAACUACCAAUUAUUUGUUGUAAUCAAAUGUAAUGAACAAACUGAUACUCAAACAACAGCAAAAACAUCUACAACAAAAUAGUGCAAACGUUGAAAAAACAAAACCUAUGAGUAAUUUAAUUUUUAUAGCCAAAGAAGAAACGAAUCAGAGGAAAACGGAAGCGAUCGGAUCCAAAAGGAUGAAUGGAGAAUUUAGUUUUAAGCAACACCAAAACAUUCUGAACGAAACAAAUUGGUUACAUAGUGAUAGUACAGAACAAAUGUUUUAAAUCAACAAUAAAAAAUUCGAGCUUAAAUUAUUUUCAAAAACAAAACCUUUACUUCAGAAUGGAAUUGGCUUUUAAAAAGGUGUUUUUUAAACUAAUGAAACAUUGUAAAAUUUUAAAUUGAUUAAAAAAGACGAGCAUAAUAAUAUGUUGAGGACAAAAUGUUUAAAUGUGUGGAUAUGGUUUGCCAUCAUACUUAUGCAAUAUAAAUAUAAGUUUAAUUAAUCUACCAAUUACCAAUAAGCUAACUAUUACUAAUAACUAACACCCAAAAUUAAAAAAAACUGAAAAUCCGAAACAGAUAAUAAAUUACAAACUAAAAAUGAA